GCCAUCUUAGUCUUUUGCCUCUAGUGGCCAAAAGAUUUCAGCUGCCCCUCUUCUGUCACUAUGGUUUCUCGCAGGGCUUUUGCACCUCUUAAUAGCGGAUCCAUGGCAAAUCCAUCAAAGACCCCCAUCAAGACCCCUGGCCGCCAUUCCUCCCUGACCUCGGAGGGGUCGCUGGGCCAGGUUUCCUGCAGCCAUUGUCGCCCAGGUAUCUGUCCCUCGAGGGGCUCCCUGCUUCGCAAACAGGUCUCUGGCACAUCCCUCCACCCCGAGCGGCAAGCUCGUGCGGCCCAACCCGCCAUGCCCCGGUGCCGCCGGUCAGAAUCUGUUCCUGAACCGGACCCAGUACUGGUAUUUCUGGUCCAGGCCAUGGCCCAGACAGGCAUCCCACUCUCUGAGGCAGAGUUCUUUGAGGGCAUCGUCGUGCGUCCGUUGGGCGUUAGACAGUCACUUCCAUCUGUUGUCCAGCUCCACGGGAAUGUGCUUCCUGCCUUGGGCCGGCGCCAUGAGUCUGCUCUACAGCAUGCUGUCCGCAACCGUGAUGCUUUUGUCUUCCUCCAUGAGGCUACAGCAGGGGAUGGGCGGGCUGCCCUUGGCAUCUCCCUCCUGCCUCUUGAUCGGGUUGGGCAGUCUCCCCUGCUGCUGGGGAUAGAGUUCCUGAAGCAGCUGAGCCAAGCUUCAGUGGCCCGUGCUGUGGCCCAUGUGCUGAACAAAGGGCAUGUCUUGUUCCACAGGGUGCUGGCCGUGGUAACUCCUGGGAAUGCCCACAUGAUCCAAGCCUUUGUCGACAGUGGGAUUUUGGGCGCACUGUUACCAGCUGCCCUCCAUGUGCCCUGUCUGUUGCAUCAGCUGGAGCUGGUGAUGGAGCUAUGGCCAGCCAGGUUGGAAAAGAUGGCGAUGGUGCUGCGCCUUCUACAGGAUGCAUUUGGGCGGUGGGCUGCUCUCCGUCACCGUUAUCAGCUCUUCCUGCAGGAGCGUGAGCUGGAGCUAUCUUUGCCUCUGCCCAGCAUGUGGACCGGCCCAGAGGCUUGGCUGGAGAAAGCAAUCGGCCUUGCCAAACAUCUUCCUGUUCUGAUGGAGUUUGUAGCAGCUGGUGAAGAAGAGGGCGCUACAAUGGCAAUGCUGCAGAAGCUCCUUGGAGAGAGCAGUCAGGAGCUGGUGGCAGAAGCAACCUUUGUAGUGGAACAUGGCAUGGUUCUCUUGAGCAUGGCACAGUUCCUCCACAAGACAGGCGAGCCACUGGCACACCGGGUCUAUGCUGAGCUGGAUGCCUUGCACAUUGCUCUUUCCUACCAUGUGGACAUGGGGUUUGGCCCUAACACCAGAAGCCAAUUAGCUCUGUGCCAGCCGCAUCUUGCUGAGCAGUUCCAUGGGAUCCUGGCUUGUAGCCUGACCCGCCUGAAGCACUUGCUUAACUCCCAUCCUGCAAUGCCCACCUUGAGAGCAGUGCGGGCUCUCGAUCCUAAGCAAGUGGGUGCUGUGGGCUGGGGCCGGCUGCAGCAUGAGCAGGGGAUCCCUGGGCUAGCAGAGGUGCCAGAGGUUGAAUGGUUCCGAUACCAACAUCUGGCUGAGGCUGCUCCUGCUAAUGUCUGCCUGCCCCAGUGGUGGGAGGCGCAAGCUGAGCAGCUCCCCAUGCUGAGUACCCUGGCUCAGCGAUACCUCUGGCUGCCAGUGUGUUUGCCCAGCUCCCCUUUCCUCCCAGGAGACAUACUUAGCCUAACAGAUGCUGAGGAGGGGCUUACAGAUGAGAGUGUCCGGCUGUGGCGCAUGCUUAGGUAUAACCGCAAUCUCUGUUAGCUGACAGCUUCAACUUUUGUCUAAUUCUUGCUGGUGACCUUAAGUCCAUUUUGAACGGCAUUGAGGACUCGUGGCCUGCCAACUUCUUUGCAGUUUCACCUCUAGAAUCUCACGCUCGCUGCAUCUGCUUUCCUCCUUGUCCCUAGAGCGCUUAAGCUUGUUAACCAGAUGGGAAGCCACAGUCUUGUUUGGGAAUAAAAUAUUGGCAUGAAAA